AUGCGUUCCCGUAGCAACAGUCUGGAGGAUGCAGCUAAGGCCAGGCCCAUGCAAACAAGGGCUCGAUCACGACGCCGGACGUCCGAAAGAGAGGAACCAGCCAAUCAGGGAGCAGAACGGCCAUGGCACAGAGAACCACCUGAUGACACGGGCACCGUCAAGAGGAACCAAAAGAGCCGAAGUGGCAGCAGUGGGAGCAGUGGGCACAGCGGGCGAAGGGACAGGACAACAGCGUCAGGGAAGGGCAGGGACCUUUCUCGUGACGACCUCCUCUUCCUCCUCAGUAUGCUGGAGGGAGAACUGCAGGCAAGAGACGAGGUAAUCACGGUUUUGAAGGCUGAUAAGAUUGAUCUGGCAUUGCUGGAAGCACGCUAUGGCUUUGUCACCCCACAGAAGGUCUUGCAGGCCCUUCAGAGAGAUGCUAUCCAAGGCAAGAACAACGGCUGGCAGGACGACAUCUAUGAGAAACCCAUGGCAGAGCUGGACAAGCUGGUGGACAAGCAGAGGGAGAGUCACCGGCGUAUGCUGGAGCAGCUGCUCCUGGUCGAGCAGGCACACAAACAGGCCCUGUACAAACUGGAAGAUGAGAAGAGAAAUCAUAGUGAAUUUAUGAAGAAGAGUGAUGAGUUUACCAACCUGCUGGAGCAGGAAAGGGAGAGACUUAAGUUGCUUAUUGAUCAAGAAAAGGCUUACCAAGAAAGAAAGGAGGAAGAGAGUGAACAAAAGGUCUCAGACCUUAAGGAGGAGCUGACUAAACUGAAAUCUUUUGCACUGCUGGUCGUUGACGAGCAGCAGCGCCUCACAGAGCAGUUGACCCAACAGACUGCUAAGGUCCAAGAACUGACUGCCACAGUCUCUCAAACCCAAGAGGAGCUGAGCUCUGCCCAAACCCGCAUACAAGAAGAAGAGAGCAAAGUCUUCCGCCUGGAGGCGGAGUUACGUGACCAGGCUAGUCGUUUUCAUCAGGAGCAAGAAGCCAUGACCGCGAAACUGACCAAUGAGGAUGCCCAGAACAGACAGCUCAGGCAAAAACUGUCCACACUCAGCCGACAGCUGGACGAACUGGAGGAGACCAACAAAACUCUUCGCAGGACAGAAGAGGAAUUGCAGGAGCUGAGAGAGAAAAUCAGUCGCGGAGAAUGUGGCAACUCCAGUCUGGUAGCUGAAGUAGAGGAGCUGCGGAAACGAGUGCUGGAGAUGGAGGGAAAGGAUGAGGAGUUGAUUAGAAUGGAGGACCUUUGCAGAGACCUAAACAGGAAGCUGGAAAAAGAGGCCAGCCAAAGCCGCAGCUUAAAGGCAGAAGUGGACAAACUUAAUCACAGGAUCAUGGAGCUGGAGAAACUCGAAGAUGCCUUUGGCAAGAGCAAGCAGGAAUGCAGCUCGCUGAAAUGCAACCUGGAGAAGGAAAGAACGGUGACAAAACACCUGUCCAAUGAGCUGGAUGUUCUGAGGGUAAGAAUCAAGGAGCUUGAGGCCAUUGAGGGCCAACUGGAGAAAACAGAGCUCACCUUGAAAGAAGAUCUUACCAAGCUUAAGACACUGACAGUCAUGCUUGUGGAUGAGAGAAAGACAAUGGCAGAGAAACUCAGGCACAUGGAGGACAAACUGCAGAACAGCACAGGCAAACUGCAGGCCGAACAAGACAAAGUCACAACAGUGACGGAGAAGCUCAUAGAGGAAAGCAAGAAAACCUUGAAGUCCAAGGCUGAAUUGGAGGAGAAGAUGUGCGUUGCGAACCGAGACAGGGAUGAGCUGAGGUCUAAGCUCAAAGCCGAGGAAGAGAAGAACAAUGACCUUCAAUCCAAAAUCAACAUGAUGAAGAAAAGGCUUCAGUCCUUGGAAGCUAUUGAGAGAGAGUUCCUGAGAAACAAAGCCAAAGAAGAACACAUCAAAACACCCAUACCCAAUCGCUUCCAACAAGAAGACAACAAAGUCAAAGAUUUGACUCAAGAGGUGGAGAGGCUCAGACGGAAGCUCAAAGAAAUGAAGGUUGUUGAAGAUGAUCUGCUGAAGACUGAGGAUGAGUUUGAGACCUUGGAGAAGAGAUAUUCAAAUGAACAAGAGCGAGCCAAAGUCUUACUGGAAGAACUAGAAGUCUCCAGAAAGGAACUCUCCAAGUAUCAGUUGGCUGAGAAAAAGGAAUCUAACCAGGAGCACAUUCUUUACAAGCGUCUGAAAGAGGAAGAGGCCAAGUCAAGCCAUCUGACCAGAGAGGUGGAAGCUCUUAAGGAGAAGAUCCAUGAAUACAUGGGCACGGAGGAAUCCAUCUGUCGCAUGAAAACAGAUCACGCAACACUCCAGAGGAAACUUACGCAGCAGGAAGUGAGGAACAAAGAGCUUGCCAGAGAGAUGGAGAGCCUCACACGAGAGCUUGAGCGAUACCGCCGCUUCAGCAAAAGCCUCCGUCCUGGCAUGAACGGGCGUCGCUUUUCAGAUCUAAAUGUCUCCACGAAGGAGGUGCAGACUGACCCAACAGACAGCUUGCCCCCAAAUUACAAGAGUCUUGCUCCACUGGAACGCGCAGUGGUAAAUGGAAAACUGUAUGAGGAGAGCGAUCAAGAUGAUGAACACAAUUACAACGAGAUCCACCUGACAAAAUGCAACCCCUCACUCAUUAACAAUGUCAACAAUCUGAACAACAGUAUGAAGAGGGUCAGGGGCCCCUUCCUCAAGAGCAGAGAGAGCCAACACCCGGUUAAUGGCAAGGUGCAACCAAAACAGAAUGGGAAUCAUGUCCAGCAAGGAGACGUCGUCCUUACGCACAGUCCUGGGCAACCUCUCCACAUAAAGGUGACCCCAGAUCACGGGCACAACACAGCCGUGCUGGAGAUUACGAGCCCAACUACAGAGAACGCCCAGUCCUACACCAGCACGGCAGUUAUCCCAACCAGUGGUGCACCUCCCAAACAAAGGAUCACUAUCAUCCAGAAUGCGUCGAUCUCCCCAUCCAGCAAAACCAAGGGUUCUCCCUGCUCUUCAGACAGCCCCUGCACACCAGACAGAUCCAUGUCACCCCUCACCAUGGCAAACUACUCCCGAACGAUGACCCCAGAUUCUUCAGGGUCAGUGACCCCAGACAGAGCCAUGUCACCAAUACAGAUAGUGUCUGUCACCACAGGAACACCUGACAGGUCACAGUCCUCAGAGCCAGUAGAGGUCACAGGAGGUCACGCCAUCUUCCGUGUAACCCCGGAGAGGCAGAACAGCUGGCAGCUGCAGAGGUCCAACAGCUCAGGACCUAAUGUCAUCACUACAGAGGACAACAAAAUCCACAUCCAUUUAGGGAGCCCCUACAUUCAGACCAUAAACAGCACAGCCCGACCCCUGAGCCCUGGCUACUCACCUGGGCAAGAGCAAAGAACUCCAGUGUUAACCAAUGGCACACCAAACAAAGGCAACAGCAAAAUCACAAGUAGCAUCACUAUAAAGCCCACCUCCACCCCAAUACCAAGGCCAUCACAAAUUACAAUACCUCUUGAAGCAUUCCGACGUCCUGGCCCGACUAGGAUUCCCAAGCCAAAAGCCUACGGUGCAUCAAAAGGGACAAACAAUGCCGCCAGCUUAGGACAAAGCAAGGAUUCAACACAGGCUGCUGUGAACUCUGGGAAAAGUGUGUCCAACAAUCUAAACAUAGUCAAUCACCCAACAAAAUCAUGA